CCCGUCUGCGCGACAUUCUUGCUCGUUACCAGUCUCUUCACAACGACCCCCGCCAGGCAUCUCAGCUCAUCAACGAGCGCACGCCCUCACUGCCUUCCGAACUAGAGUCCGACGAGCCCCAACAUCACUCUUUUGCGAGCGAGGCCCUCAGCCGCCUGUUUUCUCAUGCCCUGCGCGAGCCAGGCAGCACCCCCACGAAGAAGAACACGCGAAGAAACAGCAUCGACACGAGCGAGGUCGAGGUUGUGGAGGAUAGCCCGAGGCUGGAGAGGAUCGCACAGGAGCGCGCGCGUAACAAGGGCAAGCGGAAAAGCAUGAGCGACGAGGAGGCAGAGAGGUCUUCAAAAUCGACGCGCGACUGGGAAAACGCGUCCUCGCGGUCGUCCCAGGCCGCCCAUUUUGAUGCCUUGAGAAGACAGCUCAAGGCGUCCCACCCCGACACGGACAACUCUGUUACAGACGACGAUGGCGAUACAAGCCGCGAUACCGCCGAGCUUGUGCGCCAGUUUAGCUCCGAAUCUUUCUCACUCCCUGCCGCCACCAGUACGCCCGCGCGUUCUCUCAUGUACCCCUCUCAAAUGCACAUGCAUUCAGAUCUUAUGGAAUCCGACUCUGAGAUGCAUAGAGCUAUUGGUGGUUCUGAUAGUCUCGACGGUUCAGCGUCUCUUCCACCAGUCCGGCCUUCAAAAAGCCCCAGAACGGGUCCUCGUCCACUAGGUCACACGAACUCCAUGCCGAACGUGGGAGAUGCUCCAUCGGAUUCGGCAUACAAUCAGCCUCGAGCAGAGAGUAAAAGAGCAGAGAAUAAAAUUGGCCUCGGACGCGCGAGCUCGCUACCUUCUGCCGAUUUCCAGAACCCCACGACCACAACUCCCCCACGAGACACACUUCGUCAUCACCGCACCUCUCAUUCGCAAAACGGGUCACCACUUGUUCUGCCACUCACUUCCAGGAGGAGCAGCGUCGCUUCAAUAAAAAGUUUUGACAGCGACUUCUCCUCGCACGUUAGCUCGGUUGGCAGCAGCGCAGACUAUCGAGACCGCCAGAGAGAAAUCGAGAAAGAGAAGAACGCCGAACGCGAGAGAAUGUGGAACAAACCAAAGGCUUCACCUGGUAGUAGAAACCGGACCACAUCCAAUCUGAGCGUGCAUAAUCUCUCCGACCACCGAAGACGCACGUCCAGCAACGCUUCCCGGCCAACGUCCGCGAUGUCCACGGUCUCGAGGGAUGAUUUCAGACCAGCAUCACCCACCGGAUCUGCCGUUUCUAGCAGCAUUCGCUCGUCUGUUGGCGAGGAGGUGGUGGUAGUUUCGCAGGAACGGGAGAGGAACUGGAAUUCUCCGCAUCCAAAGUGGAAUCAUACCCCUAGACGGUCAUUGUCGCCUUUGCCGCAGAUUACCCCUUCCCCACCACAUGCGCAGGCACGGACAAGGCCUUCCCCAGGGGCCCGACCACGUUCGCAAGUGAUAAUGCCGACGAAGGCGCAGAUGCCUACCACUCCAAGGACGAGAACUCAGAGUCUUGAGGCAUCAGCGAUGAUGACCCCACCUAAAGAUGACUUGCACGCGACUCUGAGGACGAGUAAGAGUCCUACUGCUAAUGUCAGUCCAUCGCCGUCGCCUUCGCCUCUUGGUGCUCGCCGCACUUCUAGGGACAUGACGAAGUCGCCUUCGCCUUCACCAGGGUCUUUGCGUGCGAGACCAAACUCCUCAUACUCAACGCCUAACAUUCAUGGCGAGCUCGUCGAUCGUACGAAUCGUCUCUCGCCUCGCCCGAGGCCGUCUUCGUACCAUGCUUCCUCGUCCUCGCUUGACCAACGGUCGCGCCAUCAGCUAGGCCCUCGUCCCAAUAGCCCAAUCCCAUCUACCACCCCAGAAAAACCGCCUCCGAACGGGUACGGAAGCGCUGACAGCACGCCGGAAGGGAAGGAUAGCCCCAGUCGAGGUCUGAGCUCACAUUUCGGGUUCAGGUUCCCCAAAAACAAGCCCUUACCUCCGCUCGACCUCGGUGAUUCACCAGAACGGCGUAUCGUCUCUGCUUCUGCUAGGUCGUCGAGUAGGGCGAGUCUUGGUGGUGGAAAGCCGAGCCAUAUACCGGUCAGGUCGCCGGGCGAUAAAUCGAGGUCGUCAAGUUCCGGGUCGGUGGUCUCGAACGAUUUGAAUGGGAGAUCGCCUUCCGGAUCCCCAACUUCAUCUCCGACGUUUCAGAGGGGCCAUAAGCGGACUACGACGGAGUUUAGCGAGGGCACCGGGUCGAUGCCGCAAAGCACCACGCCACCGCCGAUGACGCCGACAAUAUAUGUCGGGUCUGAGCAGGAGCUGGAUGCGGAGGUCGAUAUGGAUCUUGAGUCAGAGCCUGAAGUCCAGGUUGAGGGGCGUGAGUGGGAAGAUCAUCACGAUGAUGAUUCUGUUCGUGAGAGUGAUGAAGAGAUGUCAGUCGUUGCGACACCUCUUGCGAGAACUAUCGACCUUGAGGAUAUGUCGAGUCCGGCACCUGUAGACUUGAGUCCAUCACCUCCGUCGUCCCCACCGCCACAGCGAUCUCACGGCCGCGAUUUUCUCUCCAUCGAGCGAACUAAUAAUCACGAUCUCGCUCGUCUGCAACGCGCCCUUGGCACCUCGCCUGCUCCUUCAUCUCCUCCACGAGAAAGGACACCGUCACCACCUUCUACCCCGCCACUACCGACUCAGCCGGAGUCGCCUUUCCUUUCACCUACCAAACAAGAAUUACCUACCUUCGAGAUCUCCACGCUUUCUACGCCUCCCCGCAAGUCGGCAUCCAACUCCUUCGCUGCAUCUAGAGCUGAGUACGCGACGCCAUCACCGCCGAAGGGAGGAUUGCCAGACUUGCCUGGACCGCCGUCCGACGACGAAAAUGAUGUAGAGAGGACACCUGUACGGUCGAAGUCCACACCGCGACAGGUCCAACAGCUCGAGUUCUCGACGUUGAAGACUCCAGCGGUACCAGGGGCCUGGUUGACGACGCCUGCUCCCGCCAAACAAGAACCUGCAAAAAACGCGAGACGGGGUUUGGACGAUUCAUACCUUGGUCAGAAACCAAAGAAGACCUCGAGGGGGAGGUCGAAUUCGGAUUCGCAGGUCGAGGACAAUGACGGGAGGCCGGAGGAGAGGACUCCGCUGAAUCCGCUGAAUAGGACGAACUCUUUGCCGAUGAGGACGCCUGCUCCGCCUGGGGCUUGGGUCACUACGCCAGCAACUGUCGCAAGACGGAGGAGUCUGUUGAAGGUACGGUUCGAGGAGGAGGCUCCACCGCCGAACUUCACUUCCGAUAGUGCUCCUUCGGACACGGAGGGGAUCUUGCCGGGGGUCAAGUUCGAUGUCGACGGCUCGGAGAGUUCCCUGAAUGGGUUGGAGUUCGUUCCGGGGCCGGCUGUGGUGUCUCAGGUGCCGGACAUGGAUAUGGAGGGCGGGGAGGACCUUUCGUUCGAGGGUGUACAUGAGAGUUCACCAUCGCCUGUGAAGUCGGAGACGAGGCUGCCACCGACUUCGUCUUCGAACGGGCACGCGAACGGGGAUCACCGAUCGUCCGAGCCACCGACGACGCCUCUGAGAGCGCUUGCUUCUCCGUUUAGAGGGAAGAGGGAGACGCCGAAUGGGAGCGUCCGGAUGGUGGAUGAGUUUGGUGAGGUGCGGGGUGGGGAGGAGAAGCCGGCUGGGAGCCCGUUGAGGAGGGAUAUCUCGGUGUCGAUGAGGAUGCCGGGGGGCACGUUGCAGACGCCGAGGAGUAAGAGUGUGGUGAGGAUUUUAGACGCGAUGGGGAGAGAGGUCGAGGAGGAGGGGAGGGCGAAUGAGAGUGAUUCAACUAUACUCAGUGGGUAUGAGUCGCCGGCGGACCGGGCGGCGGCGUUGGCGAGGGUGAAGAAGGUGACGGCCGAUUUGAAGGUGGGGUUGGGGGAUGCGCAGAGGUUGAGCGACUUCCCUGCGAAUGGUACGCGGUUGCAAGAACUAGACAAUGUGUCGGCGGCGGCGCGGGAAGCAAGAACAAGGAUCUCUCUUGCGCUCAAGCAGGCAGAGAAUGGGCAGACGCAAAGGGUCAGGAGCGCCUCCGGACCUCUGGCCACGCUCAUCAGCAAGCAGAAGAGCGCUUUGUCCAAUCUCGUACCACGACCGACAUCUAUUUGGAACCCAUGGUUCAUCACGAGUUUUUUCCUUCUACAAAUUAUCAUCAUUAUCUUUAUGUAUAGACUUUCAGUCAAAUAUGCGAAACACCAAUUCCUCACGAGCUACUUCGAUCCAUUCUAUGCCGACCUCCAUCUCCACAGGGACAAAUCUUAUGCCAACUACGACCCGAAAGUCUUCGAAAUCUACCACAAAGCAUCCUCGGCUGACUCAUCCCAUCUCGCUCUGCGCCUCCUCCAGAAAGCCUCGUCAGCGAUAUGGAACGGCCUCACCGGGACUGUUGCAAGAUGGCAGAGGUCUGCCUGGGAUGCGUGGGGUGUUCCCAGCAUUCCGGUGCAGACGAAGCGUGUGGCGUGGCCGCCUAGUUGAAGCGUUAGGCAACAUCCUUGGGCUUGAAGACUAUGCCACCUCUUUUUUUUUAUAUAUACGAAAUAUCUGAUGAUAGCUUCGGUACGGACUCGAUUUUUAUCUUCCUUCUUCUAUAUCUUUCCCCUCUGCCUAUCUUUUCACACUAGGCGCUACCCAAUCUCUUGAUUUCCUUAUACCAAUCUAUCAAUGUUACCUUCCCUCUUGAUUCGAAGUUUCCCAGCGAUUUGUUCUGUCCUGUCCUGUCUUGUUUUCAUAAGUUGUUCCGUUGUAGUUUUCUUUUGAAGUACUGUUUUCCAAUGUGUCUGUUGGAUACCAUCGUUCCCCUUCAUCCUCCAUCCUUUGGUUUUUCCUUACAAGGUUCGGCGCGCGCUCGUCACAUCCCUCCUCUAUGGGACCUUUUAUUUUCUCUGUUGUACCGUUUAC